GCACCGUAGUUCGUUACCCUUAAGUUUGAGCGGCGCCUGAAGCGGGAAGAAAAUAUUGCAAAGUGUACAAAGAAAGGAGUGUUUUGAAUGGCAAGUUUACCUUCAAAGUCCUUUCUCGACAACAGCAAAGCCAUUUGAAUCUACUGUCAUGGUGGGAGGCUGACCACGCUGGAGGGGUUGUAACGUAGACGUCACCCACGCAGGACGGUGCCAACGAGAUGCAUCAGCACCAUGGAGAUGACUAAAAGUUUUCAGAAAAAGCAACCAGCAUCACCAUGCCCGCCAUGUUUGAUGCCCACUGCAGUACAACUGGUGAAACGUAAGAAGCUGAAGACGGUGCUGAACCACUGCAGGCAGAGCUGGUCCAGGAUGUUCUCCAGGUGUGAAGGAGUGUCUUCUCGGUAGCACGCCACGCCACUAGAGUCGUACGGUUGAGAUGCUGGCGUGGGUCACCUUGUUGACGCUAUGCACAUGGACACAAGCCUACAUCUGUCCCCCGGGUCCUCGCACGGUGGUGGACUUCUCUGUGAAAUACUCGCUGCCCAGCUUCCAAAGUGGAAGCGCCAUUCAGAACCUGGCGGUGAACCCUGUGACGUGGCAGACGUACGUGGCGUCGCGGAACCUGGUGGAAGCGCUAGAUGACGACUUGAGCAAAAUAUGGGAGGUGAAAACGGGGCCAGUUGGGAGUCCGGAGUGUGAAACGUGCAAUCUGUGCAAUGUGGACGUGGAUCCGGACGAUCCGGUGGACACGGACAACCAGGUGCUGCUGUUGGACGCCGCUCUGCUCAUCCUGCCUUACUUGUACGUGUGCGGCAGCACCCAACACGGCAUCUGCUUCUUCAUCGAUGUCGAGCUCAUGCCACCCGAGCCUCGCUGUUUAUACAAAGAAGACCAGAACUCUGCGUCCAACUGUCCAGACUGUCUUGCCAGUCCACUGGGCACCAAGGUCACCAUUGUGGAACAGGCGGCCACAUCCUACUUCUUUGUCGCCGCAUCUGUGAAUGACAAAGUGGUGCAGAGGUUCCCACGGAGGUCGGUGUCUGUGGUGAGGCCGCUUUCCACGGAAGACGGCUUCCAAAUGGUGAUGGAGGGCCUGACCGUGCUGCCCCACCUGAGACACUCGUACAAUAUCGAUUACAUCUACAGCUUCGCCACACAGGAGUUUGUCUACUUCCUGUCCCUGCAGAGGGAGAACCCCUCCAAGGCCUACUCGGCCUUUCAGACCCGUCUAGGCAGGCUCCCCGUGGGGAUCCACGAGGUGUGGAUGUACCGGGAGCUGGUCCUGGAGUGCAGGUAUGAGCCCAAGAGGCGGCGCAGAGAAGCUUACCGGGAUGUAGUGUACAACGGGCUCAUGGCGGCCCACUUUGGCCGAGCGGGGAAGGAUCUUGCCGAGGAGCUGAGGGUGUCUGAGACGGAGGAGAUCCUCUAUGGCGUCUUUGCUGAGGUGAACGAGAUGGGCGAACCCCAGAAAAACUCUGCGCUGUGCGCCUUCCGCCUGAGCGCUAUCAACAAUAACAUCGAGACGGGGGUGGAGGACUGCUGCAGGUCCAGCCCGGAACAAUUAUCCAGAGGACUGUGUCACUACCAGACCUGCGAGAACUGCCCACAUGAGUCAGGCAACGACACAUGCUCGGCCAAACCCACGCUGGUGUCCAAGCCCUUCUACAGACUGGACCUCUUCAACAGCCAAAUGAGGGACGUCCUCUUCACGUCCGUCCUGGUCACCAUCAGCGGCACACAGACGCUGGGCCACUUUGGGACUUCAGAUGGAAGGCUGCUGCAGGUGAUUGUCAGGUUGCACACACACUUUUUUGUGUUUGCCAACUAUUCUCUUGGAGAGAGCGAAAUAUCCAGGAACGCAGCCGUCUACAACGAACACUUGCUUCUUUUUGUGGCUGGAAAUCAGUUGUUUCGGGUGCCCUCCAUCGGGCCGGGCUGUGCACACUUUGUCACAUGCUCCAUGUGUUUGAUGGCGCCACGCUUCAUGAACUGCGGCUGGUGCUCGGGUGCGUGCGCCAGGCAACACGAGUGCACCUCGCUCUGGAACCAACAUUCUUGUGCACCGGUCAUCACGGAGUUUUUCCCCAAGACAGUACCGGCUGGCGGAGAAACCGAGCUGACGCUCUGCGGGAGAGAGUUUCAGUCGCCUCUGAGGCCGGCCAUCAUCGACGGUAUCACCCACGUGGUCACAGUGGGCUCCGAGACGCCGUGUCGUGUCCUGCCUUUCAAAAGCAGCAGUCAAGUGCUUGUUUGCAAAGUCAAGGGGAAAGUGCCCAACCACAACCUCACUAUCACUUUGGAAGUGCACGAGGGAAACGUGAGGGGGGACUACUCCAUUGAAGGCACAGCCCGAGUGUCUGGCUUCUCUCUUGUGGAGCCCAGCAUCACAGAAAUCAAGCCGGAGCAUGGUCCUGUGUUUGGCGGCACCCUGGUCACGCUGACGGGCCGCUACCUUAAUUCGGGGCUGCACAGGCAGGCCUUCAUCGCUGACAGGAAGUGUGCCAUUCAAAGCGCACCGGCAGGAAACGACACGUUGUCUUCCAUCGUGUGCCUCACCGAGGCUGCGACGGGCGUCGGGACUUUUCCCGUCAAAGUCGUCAUCGACAGCUUUGAGGUCACCACUGCCAAGAUGUUUGUGUACAAGAAGAACCCCGUCAUAACUUCCGUGUAUCCUCACUGCGGCUUCUUCAGUGGCUCCAAGCUGCUGAUAGAAGGUCAAAGUCUGGACUCUGCACACACCACUGAGGUCCAGUACUCUUCCAAAACAUCCACGAUGGAACCCCAAGUGCGGGAGUGUAGCGGCCCCAGGAACGCCACCCACAUGGUGUGCCGCUCCCCCGUGUUGCCUUCCUCUGACAUGCUGGAGGACAAGUCCGACAUCGGAGAGCUUUUCAUUCACAUGGAUGGAAAAAGAAACUUAUGGAAGAAACGUUUCGACUACCACCCUGACGCCAAAGUCAUCCCGUUCGAAAACGAUGACAACGUGUUGCUCCUUAAACCCGGAGAGAACGAAGUUUCGCUGCACCAUCGCAAACUGAACGCCGUCAACUCCUGCAUGAAGAUCAGCAUGACCAUCGGGGGCGUGGACUGUAACGCUCAGGUUCUGCUGAACGAGCUGACCUGCAGGCUUCCCAAGAAGCAACCAAUCCCCAGCGAGGGACUGCCUGUCAGGGUCUCUGUGAACGGGGACGUCCACGACGUGGGCACGGUCCUCUACGAGGACGACAACAACGACACGGUCAUCGCGGCCAUCGUGCUGGGCGUCAUCUUUGCCUCGCUGGCGGGCGCCGGCAUAGCCUUACUGGUGAUGAUUCAUUUGCGGAAGAAGAAGAGAGCCAACAUUGAGAGUCGUUUAUCAACCAGGCUGUCCAUGAGUCGCAGGGGCGGCCAUGAUGAACCGUCCCCGACAGGCGACUACAGACAGAACUCCAACCAAACGUCAACUUCCGGAGGGAUGGCAUUCCAAGGGCUGUUGUACGCCGCCAGCUACGAUCACCUCGCCGUCCCGCUGAUGCCGCAGGACAACAUCUCCAUGGUCAGCCUCAACUCGGAUCUACUGGAGGAGGUCAAAGACGUCCUCAUCCCUGCUGAGAUGCUCAGAGUGGAAGAUAGCCAAAUCAUCGGGAAAGGACACUUUGGGACGGUUUAUCACGGAUACCUGAAAGACAGCAAUAAGCAGGAGAUCCACUGUGCUGUUAAAUCCCUGAACCGCAUCACAGACUUAAAGGAAGUGGACCAGUUUCUCAGAGAGGGCAUCAUCAUGAAGGGCUUCCACCACGCCAACAUCCUGUCUCUGCUCGGCAUCAUGCUGCCCAAAGAAGGGCUCCCCCUGGUGGUUCUGCCGUAUAUGAAGCACGGGGAUGUGCGUCACUUCAUACGCUCGCCUCAAAGGAAUCCCACCGUGAAAGACCUGGUGGGCUUUGGACUCCAGGUUGCCAAGGGGAUGCAGUACUUGGCUCAGAAGAAAUUUGUGCACAGAGACCUGGCUGCACGUAACUGCAUGCUGGACGAAACCUUCACGGUAAAGGUGGCCGACUUUGGCAUGGCGAGGGACAUCUACGACAAGGAGUACUACAGCAUCCAAGACCACAAACGGGCAAAGUUACCCGUCAAGUGGAUGGCCAUCGAAAGCCUGCAAACACAGAAGUUCACCACCAAGUCGGACGUGUGGUCCUACGGCGUGCUGGUGUGGGAGCUGCUGACCCGAGGGGCCAGUCCAUAUCCGGACGUGGACCCUUACGACAUCACACACUACUUACUGAAGGGGCGUCGGCUUCCGCAGCCGCAGUACUGCCCCGAUACUCUCUACACCAUCAUGCUGGCGUGCUGGGACCCAGAGCCCGAGUCCAGGCCAACGUUCCACAGCCUGGUGGCGGACGUGCAGCACAUCCUGUCUUGUCUCACGGGAGAGCACUACAUCAACCUGAAGGUCAACUACGUCAACCUGGACCAGCCCAGGCCGUACCCGUCACUGACCGCGUCUGCGGACGAAGCCGAGGGUUCAGACUCGGAUGGUCAAGCCGACGGCUGAGGAGCGGCUAGAAAGACUUGAAGUUCCAGCUCAGGGAGUACAAGGAGGGAAUUUAUUUAUCAUGUGCUCAAACUGUGGCACCUCAGACGCUUGCUUUCUCCUCGAAAAAGACUUGGCAGACGAGAGUCCCACGUUCUGUUACAAUAGCAAAAAAAAUAGAUGUGAAACAAGAAUGAGGCCAAAUGAAUGUAGAGUACAUUUUAGACAUUUGUGAAAGUUAGCAUUAAAUGAAUUCUAACUCAUGCUCAGGGGUCACCUUUUUUUCUGGAUGUUAAUUAUUUCUGUAUAUAGAUACAUAAUGCUGCGUAUGAAUUAAAUCAGUGCACCAGAUCAACAUGAA